GAUCAGCCCACGGGGUUUGAGGGCGGGGGGUGUUUUGGCGGAGGUUUCACGGAGGAUCAACCCACUAAUGGCAGCUAGUCCUCACGACUGCAAGCUCCUUGCAGGAUCAGUGCAACAGGCCUCUGCACAGCCGCUGCUCGCAUGCUUGGGUGGGAGGCUGUGUCGCAUUCGUGUCCUGCGUGUGGGUUUCCCGUGGGUGGCUGGGUGGGCACCGUAUGAAGGGUUUUAUUUAAGCUCUUGUUGCAGAGAAACAGCCUCGCCCCGUGGCAGGAGAGGGACGGAAGGGAGCCCUCAUAAAUGAAGGAAGGCACCCCUAAGAAUCGAGUUGCAGAACGGACUGCUAAACUGUAUUGUGCAGCACCAGAGCAGCCUUUGCAAGAACCCUGAAAGGUGCACCGAUGUGAGAGGAUAUGCAGUUCAGUGGCCAGAUGCGCAGCCUUCCCCCACCUCUUGGAUUUCCAUGCCCAGCCUUUCUUGACAUUGGCCAUGGUGAUGGGGCUGAUGAGAGUGUGAGGCCAAAACAUCCAGAGGGCACCAGAUUGGGGAAAGCUGGCAGCUGGUGAGCUUUGAGGAGGUGGCUCUGUGUUUUGUCAAGCGGCAAGUGGGAUCUCCCGGAUCCAGACCGAAGAGCUCUGUGCACUGAAGUUAUGCUGGAAAAUUACGGCAGUGUGCCCUCAGUGGCAGGCGGUGAGCAGGACAAUGAAAAUGAGACAAAGCCCUCUGAAGUUUUAUUGGACACCCCUAAGGAUGAAGUAGAAAAAGAGAAAUUUGGAAACCAAAGGAGGCCAAAGAAGGUCAAGGGGAACCAAUCCAAGAACGGGAAGAAGAAGUCUUCUCCCUCGCAGAGCGAUGACAGCCAGCAGCUAACAACACCGCAAGAAGAUUACCAAAGAAAGAAGGGGAUAAAGUGUCCUGUUUGUGGGAAAAUAUGCAGAUAUAAAUCAGACUUUGGUAGGCAUAGUGUAAUCCACACAGGGGAGAGGCCGUACAAAUGCACGGAGUGUGGGAAGAGCUUCAGUGAUAGUGGAACUCUUACCGCACAUCUGCGAACCCACACUGGAGAGAAGCCGUAUCAAUGCAUGCAGUGCGGGAUAAGCUUCAAUCGCAGUGGAAGCCUUAAACGACAUCAGAGAACCCACACGGGGGAGAAACCCUAUAAAUGUCUGGAAUGUGGGAAAAGCUUUGGUCAGAAAUCCAUCCUAACUACACACCAAGCCACCCACACGGGGGAAAAACCCUAUAAAUGUACGGAGUGUGGGAAGUGCUACAGUCGUAAUGGGAGCCUGCACAGGCAUCAGAGGAACCACACGGAGGAAUCCUACAUCUGUGUGGGGUGUGGAAAGAGCUUCAGUCAGAGUCAACACUUCACAACGCAUCUAAGUUACUACACAGGGGAGCAACCCUAUAAGUGCAUAGAGUGUGAAACAAGACAGGGCCAGCGCCUUACGCUAGUAUAUGUCAAAGAACACACACGAGAGAGAAACUAUGUAAAUGUAUGGAAUGUAGAAUGAGCUUCCAUGGGAGCAGUGACCUCAGUUCCCGUUAAAGAGCACAUGGGGAGAAACCAUUGUGAUGCAUGGAGUAUGGAAAGAGGAGCCAGGAUUUUACCUAAUAUUAACAUGUCCACACACUGAAGGAACUUUCCCGCAUUCACGUAGAACUUCAGCAACAGCAGAAAUCUUCAUACACAAUUAUCUUUGCCCAAUUAGCAGAUGUUGCUUCUUCCUGAUUUUGGGGAGCCACCUGGGUCACACCUCAUCCUAUUCAGCACAGUCCCCCGAUCAUUGAUGUUACACUUGUAGGGGAAUUGGCAGCAGGCAAACCCUCUUGAUGCAAAAUCCACCCCUUUUAUGCACUUAGCACUUGAUCCAGCCCAAUGGGUUGUAUCCACUUUUAAUCCAACAAGAACCGUUAAUUUUGAAGCAUCUCUUCUACAUAGGACUGAUGUUGGACAUGACCCAGUGUUUUUAAACAUGUUGGGAGCUAUCAUCAAGGUUUCACCUUGUAGAAUGAUCCAUAAAUCUUGAAAAUUAAAUUAAUAAAAUUAGAAAUUAGAAUGGAUACCAGGAGGAAACCAUGUACAGAACAGACAGCAUAACUCUCAGACACAGAUGAAGCAUAUAAGCCUUUUUCAAUGUUGUCCCAAGUUACCAAUUCCCUAAAUCAAAGCUAAGUAGCACUGAAAUGAACAGGGUUGAAUAAGAUGAACAAUAAACUUAAGAAAACUAGGAAAUGAGAUAUAACAUGUACAUAUUACCCUGGGUCAUUUUUUUCCCUUUCUGGUGAUCUCUGGACAUGUCAGACUGCAACUCCCAUUAUUUCCCCUAGUCAGCUUUGCUGAAGGUUUAUGGAUAGUGUGGGCUGGGGGUGAUGGUGUCUUAGUCCAACACAAGUGUACGAUAGCUGGUUAGGAAAUGACGCUUCCUCCCUGGGUCAGGAUGUGUUGAUGAAUGUUAAAUGCAGUAGAAGUAGUGUUCCAUGGUUAGAAGUACCGUAGAUUAAAAUAUCUUUGUUUCAUGGUUUUGUUGGCUCGUGAGAAAAUUUAGAUAAAAACGCAUGCCUAGAGAGGGACAUGUUACAGCAGGAGACGGCAUGGCUCAGCAGUCAUGAACUUGUGGAAUUUAAGAUUAAGGGCACGGUCCAGGAAAUGGAUGUGCUCCUCUGCACUUUGAACCUCGUGGUUACCUAAGGCAAUGCCCCGCUCCACUUUUUUACAAGAGAGACACUUUGGGCAGUUUGUCAGUGUGGUUUCAGAGGUGGAGCCAAGGUGGCUGGCAUGAUCUUGGAAUACCCUGCAUGCUCACCGCCCAAGGCUCUUCACUACCCCAAAACAGCCCUUUGGCGGCUGCUUAAAAGCUUGGAGAGCAAGUGGCAGGGAAGGGGCCUGGAACUGCAGUUCCCAGCUCAGAAAUCGGAGUAGGGUCUCUGAUCACGGAGUUGGGCAUUCUAUCAUAUUUGAGCAAAGGCACUAGCUGGAAAUUUUUCAGGAAACACCUUCCAUAAGGGAAACAAUAGUAGUCAAAACACCAGAGUUGGCACAACUCGAUAAAAAUCGAUGGUCAAAAUAAAACAUGUGAGAAGUUGGAUUUCUUUUAAUAGCGGCAAAUACACUGACAGUCAAGUGUUGGGGAGAUGCAAAAGGUCUAAAUAUAAGGAGAGAAAGUUAAUAUAGUACAGGAAGGAGCACUUGCAAAAAACGUGAGUUAGCAUAUGAGAUGUCGCAAGAACAAAAGAAAAGAGACAAGUAAUGUAAUUGUGCUUUUUUUGGUACAGAUAACACAACUGCACCAGCUCAGGUUCCAAUUUCUAAUAGCUUAUGAUUGCAGUAAUACCUAGUUCAAUGGGAGGAGCAGAGUGAUGAAGCAACGAGUCAGUAACACUGUAUGUAAUGAACUGAAGUCGAUAGCAGUGUAUGCAUUAAGAAUUUCUGUAUAAUGAACUGUAGCCAGUGUAAGUGUAAAUGGAACAAAUAAUUUUAAAAAUCUGUUGUUCUGCUCUUGUGCUGUAUGAACUCAUGUUUGUUUUAUGUCUCAAGGAAAGUUUUAAAAAUUCUUUCUCCUUUGUGUCAGUGGUAUAAAUUAAAUGUCAGUACAAUGUC